AUGAACCUUUAAAUUCCAGCUUCUAGGUUCAAACGCUUCAGAAGCGCUUCAGGAUCAACAUCAAGAAUGCCUGCAAACUACAGUGGAACCUGGGACAUAGUGGACAAUCAAAACUUUGAAGGUUACAUGGUGGCUCUUGGAAUUGAUUUCGCCACCCGAAAGGUGGCGAGGAUGCUAAAGCCACAGAAAGUUUUUGAGCAAGACGGAGACUCUUUCAUCAUUAAAACUUUUACAACUUUCCGAAACUACUCCAGUUCAUUCAAAAUCGGUGAAGAAUUUGAGGAAAUCACCAAAGGACUGGACAACAGAAAAUGCCAGACAACAAUCAACUGGGACAACGACAAACUUGUGUGUGUGCAGAAAGGAGAAAAGAAGAACAGAGGAUGGACACACUGGAUGGAGGGAGACACUCUUUACCUUGAACUUAGAUGUGAAGACCAGAUCUGCAAGCAAACCUACAAAAGAACUGCUUGAACCAUUGUGUUUUUAACUGAAAUUCUAACAUGAAGAGUAAUAACAUAAGAUUUCAGGAUUAAACAGUUCCUAAUCAAGUGAAGAUAACAUUACAAAAAGUGGGGAAAGCAUACUAAACAACUGAGAAAGCAUAGGCCUGCAAUCAAGAGGAACGCAACAGUGUCUCCAAAAUAUUUUUGUGAGGAAUCAAAUAUCUGUCACUUUUCUUAUUUGUAGCUGCAACUUUGUUUCAAUUAAAUAAAAAUUGUUUCAAUAAAAAGAUACCACCGAGAAUGGCA